AUUGUCAUAAUAACCCUAAUGAACAUUUUGGGCAUUUAUUAAUGAUGGUUCUCAAAUUCAGCUGUUGCGUUGUUUAACUGCCCGUGUACUGGGUUUCUGAACUGUGUAUAUAUUAUAAGUUAACAGCACUGAUAUGAGAUUAUAGAUUUCAAUCCUUCUCCUGCUUGUGCAUAGUUGAUCAUAAAUAAAUUCCCAUGGAGAUGUACACUUUUUAUUUGAUUUUUGCAUUCAUCGUUGGAAGCCGUGCAUCGGAUUUCGAACCUGGAAGUUUGAAUUGCGUUCCACCUGCUCGCUAUAAAAUGGAAGCUUGCCUGAACAGUGAUCCGUGUUGUUUCGUUUCCCCGGUGUUUGUAAAUGGCUGCUUUCGGGGAUGUCAGGUGGCAUGUCAUAAUUCUAUACUUUGUCCAAGGAUAUGUCCAGUUUUGAAAAGGUUUGAUAUCGAGAAAUGUGUCAAUUCCGAUCCCUACUGCUUCGUCCAAAAAUUAACUGACGUGACAAGAUCGGGCAGAGUGUGUUUUAAAGGCUGCAUGAUGGCCUGUCAGUGAACUCUGAUUAAGAUUUUUUUUU